AUGCUGCCAUCAUUGAUAUGGUUUCUGGGCUUCCUCCCGCGAGGCUGCGGUUCUCAGUGCGCAGACGCGAACGUACGUCCUCUUCCCGGCAAGAUGGCGCUGGCGUUAAUGUGCAGACGCCGGGAGCUUCUGCGCUUACUACGGCCCCAGCGUCAGUUCCACAGCGUCGCAGGGCCUUGCCAGUGGCCCCGGAAACCGCUGACAGCUGUACUCGGGUUCCCAGCCGACCGGUGUCGCGGGCACCCGCGCUAUGUCCUGCUCAUGGCCCCGGGCCCCCGCGGCCUCAGUACCUCUGUCGUCUCUUUUGCAGAAGCCCAGGUUCCGGCCCCUCCAGUCAUUCCUGCAACUCCCCCACCCACAGCAGUACCUGAAGUGGCUUCUGGAGAGUCCGCAGAUAUCAUCCAAGCUGCUGCAGAGCAGAGCUUUGCUGAACUUGGGCUGGGGUCCUACACCCCAGUGGGACUGAUCCAGAACUUGCUUGAAUUUAUGCAUGUUAACCUAGGCCUACCAUGGUGGGGAGCCAUUGCUACAUGCACAGUUCUUGCCCGCUGCCUGGUGUUUCCUCUCAUCGUGAAGGGCCAACGAGAGGCAGCCAAGAUUCACAAUCACUUGCCAGAGAUUCAGAAGUUUUCCGCUCGAAUCAGAGAGGCCAAGUUGACAGGAAACCACACAGAAUUUUACAGGGCCUCCUCAGAGAUGACUUUCUACCAGAAAAAGCAUGAUAUUAAACUCUUUAGACCUCUCAUUCUACCACUGACUCAGGCCCCGAUCUUCAUCUCCUUCUUCAUUGCCUUGAGAGAAAUGGCCAACCUUCCUGUGCCCAGCCUGCAGACAGGUGGUCUCUGGUGGUUCCAGGAUCUCACACUAUCCGACCCCAUCUACGUAUUACCUCUGGUGGUCACAGCUACAAUGUGGGCUGUCCUUGAGUUAGGUGCUGAAACUGGCAUGCAAAGUUCUGACCUUCAGUGGAUGAGAAAUUUUAUCAGACUAAUGCCCCUGGCAGUCUUGCCCAUAACUGUCCAUUUCCCCACGGCAGUGUUCAUGUACUGGCUCUCCUCCAACAUGUUUUCCCUGGGCCAGGUGGCCUGUCUCCGUAUUCCUGCUGUUCGCACUGUGCUGAAAAUUCCCCAACGUGUUGUGCACGACCCAGACAAGUUACCUCCACGGGAAGGCUUCAUAAAGAGCUUCAGACAAGGCUGGAAGAAUGCCGAAAUGGCCCAUCAGCUACAGGAGCGGGAACGACGCAUGCAGAACCACUUGGAGCUCGCUGCCAGGGGCCCGUUACGACAGACGUUUGCCCACAACCCUCUGCUGCCGCACGGAAAGAAUGACCCUCCCAACGCCCCCAGCAGCAGCAGCAGCAAAGCAAAGUCAAAGCAGCCCUGGCGUGACACGCUUGGCUGA